AUGAUAAUUGAACAAUUAUGUUUUUAUUAUUUAUGUUUUAAAGGUCUGGUUUCUGGUGGUGGACGUAUUGACAAGCCUAUGUUGAAAGCUGGUCGUGCAUACCACAAAUAUAAGGCUAAGCGUAAUUGCUGGCCUAAGGUGCGUGGUGUUGCUAUGAAUCCUGUUGAGCAUCCUCACGGAGGUGGUAAUCAUCAACAUAUUGGUAAAGCUUCCACAGUCAAGAGAGGAACCAGUGCAGGAAGAAAGGUUGGUCUCAUUGCUGCCAGAAGAACUGGUAGAAUUCGUGGAGGUAAAGUGGUCACUAAGAAGGGUGAUGAUUAAUCUGUUUAUUGUCGUGUUUGUAUUUAAUUUUACAAAUAAAAAAACAAAAAAAUCAAUAAAGUGGUAAAAUUAUU